AUGCUAGCUGCGUCUGUGGAUGAUGAACAGGCAGAGAGCGAGUUGGCGGAAGUCAAGACACAAGCAAAGAUGAUUUUCAGGCGCAUGAGUCGCAGUUCAGCGCGAGAAGCUAGUAUUGAAUCUGGACAGUACAACCUCCAUUACAUUGUCAAAGACGACGUCUGCUUUCUUUGUAUCUGUGAUAAAUCCUACCCGCGGAAACUCGCGUUUACAUAUCUCGCCGAUAUAGCCACCGAAUUCACCACCACAUACUCUUCACAACAAUACCACUCCCCUAACUUGCGCCCCUACGCUUUCGUCGAAUUCGACACCUUCAUUCAACGAACAAAAGGAACCUACCAAAACACUCGCGCAGCUGCAAAUCUCGACAAGCUCAAUGAUGAACUUCGUGAUGUGACUAAAGUCAUGACAAAGAAUAUUGAAGACUUGCUAUACCGGGGCGACAGCCUCGAGCGCAUGGGCGAGAUGUCAGGGAGGCUAAGAGAGGACAGUAUGAAAUAUCGCAAAGCAGCCGUUCGCAUCAAUUGGGAGUUGUUGGUGAAGCAGUACGGUCCUUUUGCGGGGGUUGGAUUCAUUAUGCUUAUUUUCAUCUGGUGGCGUUUCUUCUGA